UAAAUCGAGUAAUUUGAAAACUUUUUCAAAUAUUCACGUCACUAGUCGUCGUGGUUUUUCGUCGUCCAGCCAAAAUUGGCGGGAAAUAAAAAAAUAUAAUCUGUUGCUUUUCCAUAGUGGAAAAAUAAUAAUUUGUGGAAUAGCCAAUUUAUACAAGUUGUGUUGUGAACAAACACUUAUUCACAAAUCUUUAAAAUUGCUGUAAUGAUGACUGAUAGCAGUAAUUUUGGUAGCGUGCAAACAAAUGUGGUUCGGCAGCCUCACACCAGUAGUAGUGCCACGGUUGCCGGUUCGUCCCAAACGGAUAAUCAUUUUGUAAUCGCUAAAUGUCGCAGAAAUACAGAUGUUCCAUCAAACCAGAACGCUACAAACAAUCAAGAAUCUACGGAGGAUUCGGACAUAGAAGAGAAAAUACUCGUCGUGUACUGCCGAGCCGGGAAGUUAGGGGCCGCCUACUACACGCUACAAACGGGAGAGCUUCAGAUUCUAGACGAGAUCGUAGACCGUCCCCCAGAGUUCCUGAUGUUCCUAAACCUGUUCCGACAAGUGGCUCCGUCCAGGGUGCUCCUUGACGGCAAGACGCAGGGCGCCUUCGUUCAGGCCGUCAAGAAGACCGUCUUCGACUGCGACAGAAGCAGCGAGGGCUCUUGCAAGCUUAUGUUCAUAUCAGCGAGAGAGUACAGUAAGUAG